AUGGACCGGCCUCCACCUUGCAAAUUUUACCAAAGCGGUUUUUGUGCCAAGGGCGAUGAUUGCCCAUUUUCUCAUCCAACACAGCGUUGUCGUUCCUUUACACAGGAUGGUUUUUGUCCCUACGGUGUCCAUUGCCACUACUGGCAUGAUUUCAAUAAUUUUGCUCUCUCUUCAUCUGCUGGCAUGCCUGUUCAGAAAGUUUGUCGAUUCUUCCUUAACGGUCAGUGCAGCUAUGGGGAUGCCUGUGCUUAUUCCCAUCAACUUGAUAACUCUGAACAACAAAAUCAAAUUACUCUCACUGAAUAUCGACUUCAGCAGCAGUUGGCGCAACUUUCGUUGCCUAAUUCUCUCGUACCGGUUACUCCCCAAGUAUCAACACAGCAGGUUCCUGCAAUGCAUUCAUCAAGACCUACGGUUGCUAGGCCGUCAGCGCGCCUAGAACAGGCUUAUCUCUCUGCUUUGCAACCAGGAGAUCUGGAAAAAAUGCGGGAUCUUGAGGUGGAUCGUCUCUUGAAGCGAUUUCCACCAAGUCAGUUGAAGCAAACUUCCGGUAAUAAUGAUGAAGUGAGAACUUUUUCUCUCCUUUUUUCCUCUACAGAUCCAGACUGGGUACAUCAAGUUAAACGAAUACUACUUUUCAUUUCCCUUCCUGGCCAGUAUCCAUCUUCUCCACCAAUUUUGAAUGUUCCAAGAACAUCAGAUAUCCCGAACGUUGUUACGGACAAACUAAACGAUGCAAUAACCGAGUGGGUGACUGAGAGGCACAGUGCCAAUGUGUCGACAAACAAGGUGUCCCUCUUUCUACGUCCAUUCUUCUUUUGGUUGGACAAGAGCCUAAAUAGGCUUCUAACCGACGGUUACGCCCUGGUCGAAGGUGAAGAGGCGGAGGUGGACGUCGAUUUGAGGAUUCCUGAACGAUUUGAUUCGCCGAUAAGUUUGUGUUUGCUUCCAAACCGUACUGCCACAGUGGACAAGACGAAUAUUGACUCGACAAGGAUGGGUAAAAGUGGAACGGCAGAGGAAGCGGUGAGUGAGAAGGCAGGUGGUGAAAUUGAAAAAAUGAACGCUGAGACGAAAGCAACAGAAGUGGGCAAAAAAGAGGAAGAGGAGGAAAGUGAGGAGGAUGAGAAUGGAGAUGAAGAGGUGGAGGUGGACAUAUCUACAGCCACUAUUCAACAACAAGACUUCUCCUUAGGAGGUCUCGAGAUGCGUGGACAGGCGGGCACUUGUCUGUUUGUGCGUCUGCCCGUCUACUGUACCUGCGCACGAUGCAAGUACACCUUUGAAUGGGUGUUCCGCCUCCCUCCAUCACCGCUGUCGCCGCUGCCGUCAACAUCAUCUUCGACGUCGGCUUCAAAAGAUAAAAAAGAAGGGGCAGCAGCGCCGCAGGCGCAAGCGCUCACUUCUGUCCCACCGCAUACUUCAUCAUGCCAGCGAUGUCGGCAGCCCCUGGGCCUCAUUUUUAACGGCGCGUUGGUCCAUGCAUUUUCUUGUUGUGUGGGUACUUUCCAGUUGGCCAAUUGCCUCCUCGUUGAGGUGCAGAUGCGAUCCGUUGAGAUGGUCAUCAACUGCGUUCACUGCUGUAACGGAGAUGCGCGGAUUACAGGUCUGCAACCGGAUCGUAUUAAUGCAAGACGUUGUCGCGGUUGUCAUGCGCCCUGUGGCAUAUUCUUCAACUAUAUAAAUAUCUCAAAGCCUCGACAGCCUCCCUCACUUAUCUGCAAGCAAUUUGGCCUCUUAUCGACCAACAAGGCGGCGAAGGGGGCUGUAAAGCAGAAGCGGAUUCAUAUGCCAGGGGACCACACUUCAUCCGCCACCAACUUCAUCAUUCAGAAGGGCACUCCCCUUCCCGACAACGGAGCGUGCAGACACUAUCGUAAGAGUUUCCGUUGGCUCAGGUUUCCUUGUUGUCAACGCGCCUUCCCUUGUGACAACUGUCACGACGAGGAGGUAGCAGGAGCCCACGAAACACUUCACGCCACACGAUUCAUUUGUGGUUUCUGUUCAACUGAGCAGCAGGUAACCUCCUCACCAACAGUCGUCUGUUCGGCUUGUCAGAACAACUUGACAUCGGUGGGGUCGACUAAUCACUGGGAGGGUGGACGCGGCUGCAGAGACCCUGUAAAAAUGUCUCGCAAGGAUAAUCGGAAAUACCGCAUCAAACGCUAA